AUGCUCGUUUCAAGCGUUUUGGAAUCAACUGCGCCCGUUGAGACGCUUCUCGCCGACUCACAUUUCUUGAAUUGGUGCCAAUUGGAUCCAUCUCUCAAUGGAAAUGUGAUUGAGUUAUACGGCGAGAUCACCGACUACGAAUCGAAAUGCGAAUCGAAUGCUUCUCCGCUGAAUCUAGUGAAACUCGCCCGUCAUAUUCAUCGAAAAUAUGUGAGCAAAAAUACGGGAACAUGUCAUGUGAUCGAUGAUGCGAUUCGCGAGAAAAUGUCGUCUAGAAUUCACGAGCUUCUGGCCGGAAAACCAGCGACACGCGACUUGUUCGAUCCGCUGAAACCAGCACUGGUGACACACCUGCGUGUACUCUUCGCGAGAUAUAACCACAGUGAUAAUGAUAGCAGCGAGCCAUGGGAUGACCCGGAACUUCAUGCAUCCGACGAUUCGCGCAACGCGUUCUUCACCGCAGUCUGCAGCAAACUGGAAGCGAUCAAAGACGACGAUGUUGUCGAAGAAACAAUAAAACGAGACGGCGGAGACUCGCCAUAUGGUGCAAAUGGAUUUGCGCCGCCGCCGCCGAAAACCGCGACGACGACAAUGCCGAGAAGGUUUGAAUCGCUCUACAGGAAAAAGAGGCAAUCGACUUCAGACUCCAGCGGAUUCGGUAGCGAUUUCACAAACAUUGAGAGAGGCUAUAGUAAAUCCGGUGUAAAUACGUUGGAGCGAACUGUCAAACGCGAAAAUACGUUUUCAACGCUUCAACCAAGGAAAAAGGAUGAGGCAAAGUUGACAAUCGAGUUGCGACAUGAGUACGAUGUGCCAAUGGUGGCCAAGAUUUCACCACAGCCUGUCAAUUUUCGAUAUUUUCGCAAUCUUUUUGGUGUUCAGUACACCGAAGACAGCAGAUUCUUCUUCAAAAGUUUCUGUGAAGAUGGCACUGCCCUUUAUCAAUGGACGCUCAUUUAUCGCGAUGAUGAUGAACUGCCUCGGUUCGACGGAAAAAUCACUGCAAUCUGUCGAACAUGCCCGUAUGAAGAGUCAUCGCAUUAA